AUGGUUACCAUUCCAAACACGCAGGCCGAGGCCCUGGCUUGGCUUAAUUAUUCUCACGAAAUUCACGACUCUCUACGAACCACGGACUUCGACAAGAUCUACUCCAAGAAUGCCCAACUCAAAUUCACAAACUUUCCCAUCGCCGAGGGUCUGCAUGCUAUCAAGCAGAUUAUGAACUCAGCCUUUGCACAACUGUCGUACAUGAAGCAUGUCACUCGCCAAGCUGAUAAGGUGGACAACAGAAUUUGGCUCACCGUGGACAUCACCUACCGAGUCAAGGGCGACCCUGACAAUGAGGACAUUAACAUUCCAGCUGCGGGCUUGGUCACGAUUGUGACAGUGGGCGAAGAAGCUGGAAAGAUUGCGCGAUUUGAUGUCUUUCUUGAUAACACCACUGUCAGAGAAAAGAUUGCCGCUUACGCAGAAUUGCGAUCAUAG